UUUUUCUUUUUCCCUCACAGUUUUAAAAUUGUGAAAUCAUGGCUCAUUCAAAGACGAGAGCCAAUGAUGGGAAAAUCACGUAUCCUCCAGGAGUCAAAGAAAUCUCCGAUAAAAUAUCUAAAGAAGAGAUGGUGAGAAGGCUAAAGAUGGUUGUGAAAACUUUCAUGGAUAUGGACCAGGACUCUGAAGAAGAAAAGGAGCUGUACCUAAAUCUUGCUUUACAUCUUGCUUCAGAUUUUUUCCUCAAGCAUCCUGAUAAAGACGUACGUUUGCUGGUAGCCUGUUGCCUUGCUGAUAUUUUCAGAAUUUAUGCCCCUGAAGCUCCUUACACUUCACCAGACAAACUAAAGGAUAUAUUUAUGUUCAUAACAAGGCAACUUAAGGGUUUAGAAGAUACAAAAAGCCCCCAGUUCAAUCGAUAUUUUUAUUUACUUGAGAACAUUGCUUGGGUGAAGUCUUAUAACAUAUGUUUUGAGUUAGAAGACAGCAAUGAGAUUUUCACACAACUGUACAGGACACUGUUUUCAGUAAUAAACAAUGGACAUAACCAAAAAGUACACAUGCACAUGGUUGAUCUAAUGAGCUCUAUCAUUUGUGAAGGAGAUACUGUGUCACAGGAACUUUUGGAUACAGUGUUAGUUAAUCUAGUGCCAGCACAUAAGAAUUUAAACAAACAAGCCUAUGAUUUGGCAAAGGCUUUGCUUAAGAGGACAGCACAAGCAAUUGAACCAUACAUCACUAAUUUCUUCAAUCAGGUUCUGAUGCUUGGGAAAACAUCAAUUAGUGACCUGUCAGAGCAUGUGUUUGACUUGAUUCUGGAGUUAUACAAUAUAGACAGUCAUCUCUUGCUUUCUGUUCUACCCCAGCUUGAAUUCAAACUUAAGGUAAGCAUUUCUCAUACUUCCAAUCUUUUUGAAACGUGUGUGCUUUUCACUAUUAUUACAACUUUUGUACUGACAUGGUCUUUUUUUUUGCCUGUUUUUAGAUGUAAAACACGUCUCUGCAUUGCUUAAAACUCUCAAAGCACU